UGGCCAUCGAACUAUCGUCUGAGUCCGGAUUUGGCAAUCGAACUCCAAAACCGGACACCCGCGGCCAUCGAACUGUUAAUACCAGACACGUGUGACCAUGGACACCGAUCCGCCCUGGUUUUGGCCCUGUCACCCUCCCACGUCGGCACCCCACGGCCAAGUCAGCACGGCUGACUCAGACCGUGCUCCUUUUAUGGGGGGGCAGUGCGGGUUGGAGCACUUAUUCCAAAAAAAAAAGAGCGGGUUGGAGGUCUGGGGAGGCGGCGGUAGGGUUUCCAUUCAGAGGGCGGAGCCAUGGCGAGUUCAAGCAGCUUGAGCAGCACGGGAGGUCCCCGAUGGGGCUCAAGGGAAGGGGGAAGAUCAUCCCCUAUCCCUUACCGGCAGGGCCCCCUCGACUAUUGGCCUCCGGUCCUCUGCAAGUGCGGCAACAAGGCGGGAAGGUUGACUGCGUGGAGUGAUGAAAAUCCUGGGCGAAGAUUCGUCAAAUGUUUCAGUGCUACGCCGGCAAUGGGAGGAUGCGACUUUUGGCGUUGGGUAGAUCCACCGCCGUCCCCCUUCCUCCGGGAGCUUCUUAUAGAUCUGCGCGACGCCGUGAGAGCACUGAGGAUGGAGAACAGAGAGCUACAAGGGCGAGUUGGUGAUGCAGCACGACAGCAGAUUUGGCCGGUUUAUGCAGCAGAGGAGCAGAGAGCGUUGGCUGAGCCAAUUGGAGCAGAGACGGUUGCAGUGGUGACUAAGAAGGCAGAGGAGAAUGCUGAACUGAGAUGCAGGAUCUGCUCACUAGAGAAAGAAGUGUUUAUCUUCAAGUUUCUUGUGGUGACAUGUGUUGUUGUAGUGUUAGCAAUGGCUUGGGUUAACUGGCCAUGAGGUUGUAUGAAAUGUAAAUUAGGAUCUAGUUAAUGUAACUCUGAUGCUUUGGAAAAACUCGAAAUGUAUGCUCCUGUUUCUAAGCAAUAUAUGGAUUGGUGUUAGCAUUGAUAUGAGAGAUGAACAUGAGAUAAACAUGACAGGGAGGAUAACACAUCACACAUCACUGACUUAGCCCAAACUGUCUGGUAGUACAUAACACAUCACAGUACA